ACAUUUCUUCUUAACUACAAGAUAUAUUUCGAAGAAUGGAUUUCGGCUGGAAUGGAAUUUUGACAGCGAAUCGUAGCGAAUGAAUUGAGGAAUAUUAUAGAAAUUUGAGGAAUGGAAAUCACUUUUCUCCCACUUGAGUUUCUCUCUCUUUCGAAAUUGACUCCGCUGUGUUGUAUUUGUUAUGUCAUAAUCAUCUGUUCGCGAGUUUUUCCGGGUGAAGUUUCUUUUCCAAGAGAAAUCUCGCAAUGCCAUCAAUAAUUGGGGGUGAAUUCUUGAGACAAGAGUCUCUGGCCAUGGAGCCAUGGGUUGACGCAGAGUUGUAUCAACCAUACGAGGCGGAAACCAUCUUGCUUCCGGAGAACUCAAGUUGCUUGGCUGCAAAAACCUAUCUUCGGAUGUGCAAUUUGCCCUUUGAGGUGAAAUUUGCACCAAAUGCAGAAUUUAUGUCGUCCGGCGGGAGAACAACAAAGCUUCCCUUCUUCCGUGUUGGCGCCUUUUUCACAUCGGAAUUCGAGCCCAUCGUGAAUCUGGUGGAGAACAAAGGCAUCAGUCUCACUGAGAACCUCACGGAGGAUGAGAAAUCUGAUGCCAGGGCAUUCUUGGCCCUGACAGAGAACAUCUUCACAUAUGCAGAGUUAUUCGUCAGCUACAUGGAUGAGGAUGUGUUUGAGAACGUGACCAAGCCGCGGACAGCAUCAGCAUACAAUUAUCUCCUGGGCAUCAUCCAGAACUGGCGGAAGAAGCGACACGCAUUGAAGCAACUGGAAGUUAUGCAGUGGAACGAUUUCACAAUGGAAGAAGUGAUCGAUAAAGUCUCCACACUUUGCUCGAAUCUGGACGCAAAAUUGGGCGACAAGCCCUUCAUGUACGGGAACAAUCCAAUUGAAUUAGAUGCCGCUGUGUUUGGCCACCUCUUCACCAUCCUGACAACUCCUCUGCCCAACGAGCAACUGGCCGAGACCAUUCGUCAGUAUCCUGGCCUCGUGAAGUUCUGCCAACGCGUCGAGGCGAAGUACUUCAAGAGCAAGUGAGGUUGAGAUGUGUUGAGAGCAGCAGGAAGAAUAGAAGCUUUGUUUUUUUCGCAAUUAGUAGUUGGUCAAUUGGAGGCGAGGCACGACAUUCAUGCUCGUGAGC